AUGGCCGUAACACUUUACCGUGCUACCACCAACGCCACCACUCCACAGCAGCCCGCCAUCACCACCCGCUUGCCACUUACCCACCACACACACCAACACCAUAAAAACGAAACGCACCGCGCUAAGCAAAAGUCCCCACCAUGCUCACCGUGCAAAACACACCACUUCCACCACACCCUCCCACAGCAAAACGAAAGAAAAACUUCAAAACCCAUAACCCCGUACCAAAACGCCCGUCCACCACCAUCCACUAACCUACCACCACCGCGAAAAAACAUCCGUCUCCCUCCCUCCACUUUCACUUAUCUUUCACGCCGCGAAAGUCACCACCACCAGUACCACCAGCUUCGCCAUCGCCACGCCGCCCGCCGCCCCCACCGGCCACCACGCCCGCCCCACCGCCGCCGCCGCCACACCGCAUCCGCCCGCAUCGCUUCACCACCCACGCAUCCGCCACCGCCGCCCGCCACGCAUCCAUCCGCCCGCUGUCACCAUCCGCCCCGCUUCCCGCUUUACCCACCGCAUCAUCCACCGCCAUUUCCACGCGCCAUCACGCUUUAUCCACCACCGCAUCCGCCACCGCCCGCCGCCGCCCCAUCCGCCCCGCAUCAUCCAUCGCUAUCCCCGCCACCGCAUCCAUCCACAUCCGCACCGCCCAUCACCCGCUCCAUCCCGCUCCCGCUUUAUCCACCACCGCCACAUCCAUCCGCAUCAUCCAUCCGCUAUCCCGCCACCGCAUCCAUCCACCAUCCGCUUUCCCAUCCCAGCAUCCGCCACCGCAUCCAUCCAUCCACUUCUCCACCACCGCAUCAUCCCCAUCGCCAGCAUCGCCAUGUCCGCUUCAUCGCUUACACUUCCAUCCACCACGCCCGCAUCCAUCCCACCACCAUUUCCAUCCGCUGCUCCAUCACGCGCCACCCGCAUUUCGCCACACGCUCCAUUUCCACGCCCCUUAUCCCCGCAUCCAUCCAUCAACAUCCACAUCGCUCCAUCCCCAUCCAGCACCGCCACCACCAUCCACCCACCAGCAUCCAUCCCUUUAUCCACCGCAGCAUCCGCCACCACCGCCAUCCAUCCACCGCAUCAUCCCGCUCAACUAUCGCCCGCAUCCGCCACCCAUCCGCACCACGCCCUUUAUCCAUCACCACCGCAUCCAUCCAUCCCGCUAUCCCCACACCGCAUCCAUCCGCUUCCCCGCUCCAUACCCCACCCCACACCCCAUCCACCACGCAUCUAUCCGCCAUCACAACACGGCAUCCAUCCCGCCCGCCCGCCGCCCGCCGCUUCUCCGCCAUCCCCACCGCACAUCCAUCCAUCCCCACCACACCAUCCAUCCGCCCGCCCCACUUCCGCCACCACCAUUUCGCUCGCUUGCUCCAUCUACGCUUCUCCGCCACCGCAUCCACCCAUCCAUUUCCCCAUCCAGCAUCCCCAUCCCCGCCGCAUCCAUCUUCCAACUAUACCACCAUCCACCACUCCCCACCCCACUUCUCCAACAUCGCUCCUCACCGCCACUUCCAUCCACCGGAUACCCAUCUAUCCAUCCAUCCGCUAGUCAAGAUGGAAGUCUGCUGA